GAAUGUGGUCGCAGCGGUCGGCGGGCGAUGAGAGAAGGUGCCUGAGGUCUGGGUGGCCCGCAGCUCGGGGCGCGCGCGGUCCGACAGCCUCGCGGAGCCUUGGCAUGUGAGGAGGAGGGCGACAGCUGUGGCAGAAGCCGUGGCCCAGCCCUAGGCAGAAGAUGGCCAAGGAAAGAUGCCUCAAAAAGUCCUUUCAAGAUAGUCUUGAAGACAUAAAGAAACGAAUGAAAGAGAAAAGGAGUAAAAACUUGGCAGAGAUUGGCAAACGGAAGUCUUUGAUACCCGCACCAUGCCAAAUAAUCACCAACACUUCUACACUGCUAAGAAACUACCAAGACAACAACAGAAUGUUAGUUUUAGCUUUGGAAAAUGAAAAGUCCAAAGUGAGAGAAGCCCAGGAUAUCAUCUUACAACUGAGGAAGGAAUGUUACUACCUCACAUGUCAGCUCUACGCACUGAAGGAAAAACUGACUUCACAGCAAGCUGAAGAACCUGCUCAGGACCGGGAAGUAUGUCCCUCUGGGAUGGACUCCAGUAGUGACAGCAACUCCGGGGAUUUAUUUGUGAAGGACUUACCGCAAGUUCCUCUUCAGGACACUGACUUUCCAGGACAAGAAGAAUCGUUCCAAAUAGCAGAGCCAGUACCUACUAUUUCUCAAGACAGAAUGGGAUUCAUUUUGGAUUCAGGUGAAGAUAAGUCGACUGACAGCGUCUUACCUAGAACCGUAUCUCUCCGUCGUCGCAGUUUAAAGAAACAUAUUGACGAUCCGUGUCACUUCGGUGCCUUGGAUGAUUUUGGAAUCAGUCAUUUGUCAGAGCAGUCUUUGGAACUGGAAAGAAUUAGAUUUGCAGACCCACCAGUAAACAUGCACAUACUUGAAAAUGUAGAACAAAAUGUUUGUCAAUGGAACAAGGAUCAAAUUUACUUAUCACCGAGGCUAAUUCACCCAGGACAAUCUACUAAAACAAAAGCAGACAUUUUAGUGUAUAAAUCAGAACCUUCUAAAAGUAAGCACAGAGGUGCCCAAGGAAGAAAAAGAGAAGAGAAAAGAAAAGCUAACAAAAGGAAAAAACCAAAAUCUGUAUCAAAGUAUAAAGGGAGCAAAAGUGAAAAUAAAAAAACUGUUUCCCAAAAAAAGUUGGGUAAAUCUGUCACCUCCAGUGAUGCUUACAAUUUUAACUUGGAAGAGGGUGUUCAUCUCACUCCUUUCCGACAAAAAACCAGCAAUGAUUCUAAAAGAGAAGAAAACAGCAAUGAAUCUGAAGUGAGCAUCUGUGAAUCAAGUGGUUCAGGAGAUGAUUCUGAUGACCUCUAUUUGCCCACGUGCAAGUACAGUCAAGAUCUCACCAGUGAAUCAGAUAGGAGUCCAAUCACCAGGCCUCGAUCUAAAAGAGCACUGAAACAUAGGCAUGAAAAGGAGACAGAGGGUUCUGAGCCAACAAAAGCUCCUCCUAGUGCACUACCUGAAACUCACCAGUCACCUCAUUUUAGCCUAAAGGAUAUCACAAAUGUCUCCUUGUAUCCUGUAGUGAAAACCAGAAAACCUUCUCUUUCUCCAAAAAAGAACGUAGAAAGCCCACCAGUGUCUUUGCGUAAACGUAGGUGCACAGCCAGUGUGAACUAUAAGGAACCCACGCUCGCUUCGAAACUGAGAAGAGGGGACCCUUUUACAGAUUUGUAUUUCUUGAAUUCGCCUAUUUUCAAGCAGAAAAAGGAUUCCAGACGCAGUUCUAAAAAAAAAAGUAUGACGCAAGUACAAUGAAGCGUUUGUUGGAUGCUGUUUAAAUUCAUCCUACACCCUCUUCUGUGGCGCCAAGAGAGAAUCUGUAAGAUAGUGUUCAAGUGAGUUGAACUAUUACCAUAGAAUAUUCUUUUGACAGGACUCUAGAUCAUGAACAUUUCUUCAAAACUGUACUUCAGAUGUAAUGUUUUUUUCUUAAACCUUUAAUACAUUUGGUUUAUUUUUUCUCACAGAUACAAAUACUUGGACUUAAGUACUAUAAUAGUUUAGAUUUUUUAUACUGCCUAAAACUUUUAAUUUUAAUCAAAAUGUAUCUUACCAACAUUUGGAAAUUGUUUCUUCAAAUUAAGAUGUUUUAAUUAUAAGACAUCUUUAUUUUUCCCUUAAGUAGGCAAUACUGUGAUCGAAUGAAUGAUUUUGAAUGAGUGAUUUUUGAAGACAGGCUGAGGAUAUUUCGAAACUCUUUGUACAAUAUUUGAAUAAAGUAAACCCUUGUCAUUCACAGUAGGGUAUACCCUAAGCUGUUUGUGGAUCCCCUAUAUGAUUGUUGUAUUCGGUUUUUCAGAUAAAAUGUGUAUGAGAUCAUGAUUGGAGAAUUGAUGGUUGUUUAGGCUCAGGACCAAGUAAGUGACUAGCUCUGAAGCCCCAGCUCCAGGUGUACGUUGUUCAAAGUGAUACGUCAGCAAAAUCACAAAUUAUUGUGUCAUGGCCUUUCAGAAUAGUUCCUUGUUUAGUCAAAAAUACCAAAAGUUAAAUGUGUGAAUGCCAAGAGUUUUUUUGUAUUUUUGAUCAAAUUCCUAAGUCCCUGGCCGAGUGGCACCACCAGUGGCAGGUACAAGGGAUGCUCAGACUUGAGGAAAACAUGAAUUCACUCAAGCUAGGUCCUCGGACAAAGCAAAGCCAGUUUGCAACCAGACAAACCUGGGACCAGGAUGUAGAGAGUAGACUGUGGCCAGAGCUGGAGUGGGUCUGGCCUGGUUUAAACUCUUCUCCAGCCUAACAAGGAAAAACCAGCUGGUUUUGAGUCUCUGCCUUUGCCUUUAAAUCCUGAUGUAACUUUUUUUCUCCAAGCUUCCUAAUUAAAGAAUAAAAUUUUAAGUAGUUUAAAAAAAAAGUUAGUUCAGUGAGAGGGAAUUAGUUCAGAUCAGAGAGUUUGAAGCCUGUACUUGUAUAUACCUCUUUAAACUUCAAAAUUAUUCAUUUUUAAAGAGCAAUAAAGUUUGUAUAAGAUAGUGCUUGUGUUUUUCUUCUGUUCUUUAAGUAUCAGAGGUAGCAUAUCUCUCUGGUCCUCUUUCUCUCCAGCCUUCACCAUCUAGCCCUUCUUGGGGUUUUCUCUCCCAACCCUUGGUUUUCUCUGUAAUCCUCACCCCAUCACACUCCCAUCCUCACACAUCUUUUCUCUUUCAACUUCUUGAUGUGGAACCUUCCCAUCCGUGAUAAACAAUUUCCGUUUUACUGGGUGACUCUUCUACCUGAUCUCAAGUUUUUUCUUUUUUUUUUUAAUUAAUUUUUUAAAAAAUUUUUAUUGCAGUAUAGUUGAUUUACAAUGUUGUUUCUGCUGCGCAACAAAGUGAAUCAGUUCUGUGUAUACAUAUAUUCCCUCUUUUUUGGACUACCUUCCCAUUUAGGUCACCAGAGAACACUGAGUAGAGUUCCCUGUGCUAUACAGUAGGUUCUCAUCAGCUAUCCAUUUAGUACUCUUGACUGCAUCUCCACAUCUUCCUGUAUUCCAUACCAGUCACACCCAAAAGCCUUUCCAUCAGCCCAAAUUUUCCUGUGCCUGAUGGAGUCACUGAUUCAUAUGUUCUCCUCUCCCAUCACAGGCUCAAUGUUCCCAGUUUGUUUGUUCAACCACUCCCCUCACACCUGUUCUUUAAAUUCAUAGGAACUCUAGAAUGGCUAUCUUAAUUAAGAUUCAAUGCAAUUUAAAGUUUAAUUUCUCAGUCACAGUGCUUAACAGCCACAUGUGUCUAGUGGUUACCAUACUGGGGACAAUGCGGAUGUACAACACUCCUGUCACCACAGAAAGUUCUGUUGCACCAUGCUGCUCUAGGCCAGCAGUGUGCAUACUGCAGCCUACAGACCAGAUUCAGCCCUCUGCUUGCUUUUGUAUGGUCUGCAAGCUAAAAAUGUUUUUUAUGUUUUUAAAUCAAACACUUACUAUCAAUUUUGAUGAUAGAAAACACUAACUUUGAACCUCAAUAAAGUACUUAACAUAAUAUCCUUCAUUGUCUCUUUAUGUCUGCAAAGCUUAAAAUAUUUACUCUCGAGUCCUUUACCCCAAAAGAUUGCCAAUUCCUGCCUUAUACCACUGAAUGCCUUCACUAUUACUUUAUAGAUCUUUCUCUUCUGACUUUUUUUGUCUAGCUUUGAUCUUCACCUUCCCUUCAUCUCCAGAAUCAAUUAUUACUCUAAAUUUGGCAGUUUUAUAUGCUUAUAGUUUUUGUACUUUUAAUAUUUCUUUAUUCUUGUGGCAUUUAUUCAUAGACUGCUAAGAUUGUUUUCCGUGUUAAACAUUUUACGUGACUGUUAGGUUGUACGUAUCUUUUUGCAACUACUUUUAGCUCAACAUUGUGUUUUUAGAUUUGUCCACAUUGGCAGAUGUAGAUUAUCUUCAUCAGUGUACAGUGUCUGGUUAUAUAAAUAAAUCAGACUUACUCUUCUUUUGAGAAACAAUUUGCUUCCACUGUUUUCAUUAUUAUAACUUAGUGCUGCAGUGAAUAUUAUGCUUUCUCGUACAUGUGUAAAUAAGUUUCCAUGGUGUUAGUACCUAGAAGUAGCGUUACUCUCUAAAUGGUUGUACCAAUUCUUCUGAAAAAAGUACUAUUUCAUUUUCCAAACUAAAUUUUUUAAAUUUAAAUAUGUAUUUACUUUUUUUAUUGCAGCAUACUUGAUUUACAAUGUUGUGUUAGUUUCAAGUGUACAACAAAGUAAUUCAGUUAUACAUAUAACCUAUAAUGGAGAUUCUUCUUAUAGGUUAUUACAAGAUAUUGAAUAUAUUUCCCUGUGCACCCUUCUUGUUUGUCUAUUUUAUAUAUAGUUCUUAUCUGUUAAUCCCAAACUCCUAAUUUAACCUUCCUCCCCCCACCUUUCCCUUUUGGUAACCAUAAGUUUGUUUUCUGUGUCUGUGGGUCAAUUUCUGUUAUGUAAAUAAUGUCAUUUUUUAAAUUCCACAUGUAAGUGAUAUCAUAUGGUAUUUGUUUGUCUGACUUACUUCACUUAGUGUGAUAAUCUCUAGGUCCAUCCAUGUUGCUGCAAAUGGCAUGAUUUCAUUCUUUUUUCAUGGCUGAGUAAUAUUCCAUUGUAUAUAUGUACCACAUCUUUAUCCAUUCAUGUGUCAUUUGGGAUUUAGGUUGUUUCCAUGUCUUGGCUAUUGUAAAUAGUGCUGCUAUGAAUAGUGGAGUCCAUGGGGUUUUUUUUUUUUUAGAACUUUUAUUGAGAUGUGAUUGACAUACAAUAAACUGCAUAUAUUUAAAGCGUACAAUUUGCUAUUUUUUUCUUAUUAGUAACAUGUAUAUGGCAAUCCCAGGC